AUGAGCGCUACCGAGACCAUCACACGAAUUACGGCCGACAACGUCGCCACGCUUUUCCCCGAUGUCGAUACGUCGCUUGCCCGUGAGGUUCUCCCUGCGGCGGCGAUUACAUCCGUCACAGGCAGCAGUGAUCUCGCCGGAUACGACGACGAGCAGGUCCGUCUCAUGGACGAGGUCUGCAUUGUCCUAGACGACGAUGACAAGCCCAUUGGCAGCGCCAGCAAGAAGACAUGCCACCUAAUGACGAACAUAAACCGCGGCCUCCUACACCGCGCCUUCUCCGUCUUCCUCUUCGACUCGCAAAAGCGCCUCCUCCUGCAACAGCGCGCCUCCGAGAAGAUCACGUUCCCGGACAUGUGGACGAAUACCUGCUGCUCGCACCCGCUGGGCAUCCCCGGCGAGACGGGGUCUCAGCUCGACGCAGCGAUCCUCGGCGUGAAGCGCGCCGCGCAGCGGAAGUUGAACCACGAAUUGGGGAUCAAGCCGGAGCAGGUGCCCAUUGAGAAAUUUGAGUUCUUUACAAGAAUUCAUUAUAAGGCGCCGAGUGAUGGGAAGUGGGGGGAGCAUGAGAUUGAUUAUAUCCUCUUCAUCGAAGCCGACGUCGAUCUCGACGUGAACCCCAACGAAGCCCGCGACACGCGGUACGUGUCCGCCGACGACCUGAAGGAGAUGUUCAAGCAGCCCGAUCUAAAGUUCACGCCGUGGUUCAAGCUCAUUUGCGAUACGAUGCUGUUUGAGUGGUGGGGCCACCUGGGUUCCCCCUCGCUGGAGCAGUACAAGGGCGAGACGCAAAUUCGUCGCAUGUAA